AUGGAGGCCCAGCGGGCUCGCCCGGCCGACUCCCCUCGGGGUUGUGGGGGACACGUUGGGGAGCGGUGGCGCUGUCCUUGGUGCUGUAAUCCCAGCCCGAGCGCUGUGAGACAAAUUGGGCGGGUUCCUCGAUCCCUAGCCCUCCAGGCCCCAGCUCUUUCUCAGUCCCCCUUCAGAUUGCUAACUGUCCACUAUGAAGGUGGUGCUGUGUCAAUUCAUGCUCGUUCCCUUUGGCGACUAGAGACUCUAAGAGUUGCGUGGAGCGGCAGCCACAUUAGAUGGGGACAGCCAUUCAGACUCAGACAUAUAACAACAGGAAAAUAUUUAAGUCUCCUGGAUGACAGGAGUCUUCUUCUUACAGACAAAGAAGAAGCGGAUGUAAAAUCUACGGCAUUCUGUUUUCGGUCUUCCAAGGAAAAGCUGGACAUAGGGACAAGAAAAGAGGUGGAUGGAAUGGGAGCACCUGAAAUAAAAUAUGGAGAUUCAAUAUGCUUCAUACAACACGUAGAUACAGGCUUAUGGCUCACAUACCAGUCUGCUGAUGCAAAGUCCGUACGAAUGGGUUCUCUGCAGCGGAAGGCAAUAAUGCACCAUGAAGGUCACAUGGAUGAUGGUUUAACUUUGUCCAGAUCUCAGAACGAAGAAUCUCGUACAGCACGUGUCAUACGUAGUACAGUCUUCCUUUUCAACAGGUUCAUAAGGGGCCUUGAUGCUCUCAGCAAGAAAAUAAAGUCUUCCACCAUCGAUUUGCCUAUUGAGUCCGUCAGUCUGAGCCUUCAGGACUUGAUUGGCUACUUUCACCCCCCUGAUGAACAUUUGGAGCAUGAAGACAAACAAAACAGGCUCCGAGCACUAAAGAAUCGCCAGAACCUCUUCCAGGAAGAGGGUAUGAUCAACCUUGUUCUUGAAUGUAUUGAUCGCCUGAAUGUAUACAGCAGUGCAGCUCAUUUUGCAGAUGUAGCUGGGAAGGAAGCUGGAGAAGCAUGGAAAUCUAUUCUGAAUUCUUUGUAUGAAUUACUAGCGGCUCUGAUUCGAGGGAAUCGUAAGAACUGUGCUCAGUUUUCUGGAUCUCUUGAUUGGUUGAUCAGCAGAUUAGAAAGACUGGAAGCCUCUUCUGGAAUUCUAGAAGUUUUACACUGCGUGUUGGUGGAAAGCCCAGAAGCUCUAAACAUUAUUAAGGAAGGACAUAUUAAAUCAAUCAUCUGCCUUUUGGACAAACAUGGAAGAAACCAUAAGGUUUUGGAUGUUUUGUGUUCUCUUUGUGUUUGUCAUGGAGUAGCUGUGCGGUCUAAUCAGCAUCUAAUCUGUGAUAAUCUCCUGCCAGGAAGAGAUCUGCUUUUACAGACACGCCUUGUCAACCAUGUGAGCAGCAUGCGACCCAACAUCUUCUUGGGGAUUAGUGAAGGCUCUGCCCAAUACAGAAAAUGGUACUAUGAACUUAUGGUGGACCAUCUAGAGCCCUUUGUGACCGCAGAAUCAACUCAUCUACGAGUGGGCUGGGCUUCAACAGAGGGCUACUCACCUUAUCCAGGGGGAGGAGCAGAAUGGGGAGGCAAUGGUGUUGGUGAUGACUUGUAUUCCUAUGGCUUCGAUGGUCUGCAUCUGUGGUCAGGCUGUGUAGCACGAACAGUGAAUUCUCCCAACCAACAUCUGUUGAGAACUGAUGAUGUUAUUAGCUGCUGUUUGGAUCUGAGUGCACCCAGCAUCUCUUUCCGGAUAAAUGGUCAGCCAGUUCAAGGAAUGUUUGAGAAUUUCAACAUAGAUGGCCUCUUCUUCCCAGUUGUCAGCUUCUCUGCAGGAAUAAAGGUACGUUUCUUGCUUGGAGGUCGCCAUGGAGAAUUCAAGUUCCUUCCUCCACCUGGAUAUGCCCCUUGCUUUGAAGCUGUCCUACCGAAAGAGAAGCUGAAAGUGGAGCAUAGCCGAGAGUAUAAGCAGGAUCGUAGCUAUACAAGAGACCUACUGGGUCCCUCUAUUUCUCUGUCACAAGCAGCUUUCACUCCAGUUCCUGUAGAUACUAGCCAGAUUGUUUUGCCUCCUCACCUGGAAAGGAUUAGAGAAAAAUUAGCAGAGAACAUCCAUGAACUUUGGGUUAUGAAUAAGAUUGAGCUUGGCUGGCAGUAUGGACCAGUUAGAGAUGACAACAAAAGACAACACCCAUGCUUAGUGGAGUUCUCAAAAUUGCCGGAGCAGGAAAGGAAUUAUAACUUGCAAAUGUCACUUGAAACACUGAAAACCCUGCUGGCCUUAGGCUGCCAUGUUGGAAUUGCUGAUGAACGUGCUGAAGAAAAAGUGAAAAAAAUGAAACUUCCAAAGAACUACCAGUUGCUGAGUGGAUAUAAGCCUGCUCCCAUGGAUCUGAGUUUUAUCAAACUGACCCCCUCUCAAGAAGCCAUGGUGGAUAAACUAGCAGAGAAUGCUCACAAUGUGUGGGCAAGGGAUCGUAUAAGGCAAGGCUGGACGUACGGUAUCCAGCAGAGCCAACCAGCCAGCCAGCAGAGGGAGCACGAGUUAACUAAUAAAUCCUGUUCCCAGAACAGUGCUGACAGCUAUGAUGACACUGAUCAUAAACAAGAUGUGAAAAAUCGACGAAAUCCUCGUCUUGUACCUUAUGCUCUUUUGGAUGAUCGGACGAAGAAGUCAAACAAAGACAGCCUUCGGGAAGCAGUCCGUACCCUUCUAGGCUAUGGUUACAAUCUGGAAGCUCCUGAUCAAGAUCAUG